AUGGAUUUAACACUGCGAGAAUAUGAUUCCACACAGUUUUGUUUUACCGCAAUGAACAACUCUUGCAUAAAAGGCACACACAGCGAAGUCACACAGACAGUGUUGUAUCUCAUUUUGUUGUCAGCGACGAUUGUGACCAUUCUAGGAAACUCAGUUGUCAUCAUCUCCAUAGCGCACUUCAAACAGCUCCAAACACCCACCAACAUACUGGUGAUGUCUCUGGCUCUGGCGGAUCUGCUGUUGGGCGUGAUGGUCAUGCCGUUGGCUGUUGUUCGAUUUGUGUCUGGCUGCUGGUAUUAUGGAGAUGCCGUCUGUCUGCUUCACUCCAGCUUUGACUUGUUUCUCACAUCUGUGUCUAUUUUUCAUCUUAUUUUUAUAGCUAUUGACCGAUAUCAGGCCGUGUGUCAUCCGCUUCAGUACCCGACACAAGUCACCAUACCUAUUGCUUGGGUCAUGGUGCUGUUAAGCUGGAGCUUGGCUGCUUUGUAUUCUUAUGGCCUUCUGUACUCGAAAGCUAAUAUUGAGGGACUGGAUGAAUUUCUUGCAUCUGUGUACUGUAUAGGAGGUUGCACUCUCUAUUUCAAUGCAUUGUGGUCGGUCUUAGACACAUUAUUUACUUUCUUUGUGCCUUGUUCUGUCAUGAUCGGAUUGUACGCCAGGAUUUUUGUUGUGGCUAAAAAGCAUGUAAGAAACAUUGGUGACCAGCAUGAACAUGAGAACAAGUUUAAGACUUCUCGAAGGUCUGAGCGCAAAGCAGCAAAAACCCUUGGUAUUGUCGUGGGUGCUUUUAUCCUUUGCUGGUUGCCUUUUUUCAUAAACUCCCUGAUAGACCCCUACAUUAACUUUUCCACUCCAUUUGAGGUCUUUGAGGCAUUUGUCUGGUUAGGCUACAUCAAUUCUACCAUAAACCCCAUCAUUUAUGGGCUUUUUUAUCCUUGGUUCAGAAAAACCCUUUAUCUUAUGGUAACACUCCGAAUACUUGAACCCAACUCUUCUGAUAUCAGAGUUUUCAAUAUUUGA